AUGAAGCUCACUUUCCUCCUGGUCAGCGUCUCCGUCCUUGCCGGCAGCCAUCUUGUACUGUCGCUGGUCGCUGGCUACCUUGCCUGGUACUACCGCAAGCAGUGGAAGCGGCUCCAAGCUCAACGUUCAGUUGACGAUGAGAACCCGUAUACUCUCCCCGCAGCCAAACCAUUCGCAGGUUAUCGAGCCAUGGCACCCUCCGCGAAGAAGAUCGCCGCCAGCACACACGACGCGGAGAAAACUCGCAGGAGGCUGGCAUCCCCGACGGAGGUGCUCAACAAACGAAGCGGAAGCCUCCUAACCUGGGAGGAGUUCAUCUUGAGUGCAUUUGAACAUCCGCGCACUCCGCCCGUGCCUCCAAUGCCUGUGAAAAGUGCGGAGCGUGGUGUCAAGAGAGCUUCAUGGUCACUUGCAGCUGAGAUAGCGAAGACUGGAGAAAGCUCCAAGCAGCCGCAGGCCAUGGAGAACUAG